AACUUUCCCUUUGUACCAGCUCAGGAGCAGCUGAUACACAAAGCACACCAAGUUAUUUCUCCUUGUCUGAUAGAAAGACAAAAGAGGAAAAAUGGGAUCUGCACUGGCUGCUAAAACUGUAAUGAUGGGGGUGAUUCUAACUUUCUGUGGAGCUGUGCCCACCACUGCACCCAGCCAAGAGGAGCUUUCAAAAGCGCAGAACUACUUGUCUCAGUUUUUCUCUGAGGUGGGCGUCAGUGCUCCAAACGCUGUCUGGCGCAACUCGCUGGACUCUUUUGAAGACACCCUCAAAAAAAUGCAAGAGUUUUUUGGGCUUGAGGUGACAGGCAAAUUGGACUCUAACACACUUGAUGUCAUGAAUCAGCCCCGCUGUGGUUUCACAGAUAUCGCCAGAUAUGGCUACUUUGAUGGCCGACCUAAGUGGGACAAGACUGUAGUCACAUACAGGAUAACAGACUACACACAAGAUUUGAGUCAAAGUGUUGUAGAUGAAACCAUUGCCAAAGCUUUCAAACUCUACAAUGAUGUCAUCCCUUUGGAUUUCAAAAAGACUGACAGCGACACAGCUGACAUCAAAAUUAUGUUCAAAGCUGGAGACCAUGGGGAUUUUGCUCCAUUCGAUGGGAAGGAUGGGGUCUUGGCACAUGCAUUUUCCCCUGGGGAAGGCCAUGGAGGUGACACCCACUUUGAUGAAGAUGAAAACUGGACUCUUACCUCAGCAGGAGCCAACCUGUUCCUAGUAGCAGCCCACGAGCUUGGCCACGCACUGGGAUUAGCUCACUCCCAGGUCCAGACAGCCCUAAUGCAUCCCACUUACACGUAUGUGAACACAGAAGGGUAUAAGCUACCAGACGAUGACAGAGAGGGAAUCCAAGCCCUGUAUGGAGUCAGAGCAACAUCAGACCAACCUAACCCAAAUCCAGAGCCUACUAAAAACCCUCAACCAAAACCUGAACCCACAUCAGAACCUGCUCCAGAGAGGUGCAACAGAAACUUGGUAUUUGAUGCCGUGACCUCAAUAAGAAGAAGACUUUACUUCUUCAAAGAUGGAUACUUCUGGAGGAGGAGCAGCUCCUGGGAUGGCAUCAGUAUGCAGAAAAUUCAGUCUGUCUGGCCUGGAAUCAGAAAAGUUGAUGCAGCUUAUGAGUACAAGAAACAUAAUACUGUCAUUUUCUUUGAAGGGAAUCAUUACUGGAAGCUCAGAGGUAACACUAUCCUGUCUGGUUACCCCAAACCUCUCAGUGACUUCGGCUUCCCUGCAUCAGUCACCAAGGUAGACGCUGCCGUUCAUGAGUCGUUCACAGGCAGAACUCUCCUCUUUGUGAACAACAAGUACUGGAGCUACAAUGAAAGGAGGGGCAGAAUGGAUGUUGGAUAUCCAAAAUUCAUUUACGGAAGGUUCCAUGGGAUUGGUAAUAAAGUGGAUGCUGUUUUUGAGAACAGAGGUUAUCUGUACUUUUCAUCCGGAUCCAUGCAGACAGAAUAUGACUACCACAGAAGAAGAGCGUUUCGCACUCUGUUCAACUACGCAUGGAUGGAUUGUUAAAGAGGCAUAGAUGCAAUUGUGUGCACAGACAUAGACACCACAAUGUGCAUGCCAACAAACUAAUGUAUCACACUCUCUCAGUUUUGUCUAACUUGUAUACAAAAACAAAUCUAUAACUAGAGAAGUGCAUUAAAACAAUCAACAAUUGCUUGUUAAAGAACGGUUUCUCCUUGUGGACAUGAAGCAAGUCAAGAUGAUUAAAUAAACCUCUUCUUUUAUAUUUUGA